AAAAGAUAGCAUUACCUAAAAUGUACGGAAAAAAGUAUGAGGAUAAGCGUGCUAAGCUUGAAGCUAAGCUGGAAGCUAUGCGCCAAGAAAGAAAACAACUGGAGAAAGAAAAAUUUGACCGCAAUGAAAUACAAAUUAGAAAAAAUAUAGAUGCGAGAACUGAGAGCCAUGAAUCAUUUAACGAAAAAUAUGUCAAAUUCGAGAUUCUGCCUGUGAGAGAAGUUGCCAGCACACUUGGGAAAUUAAAAUCUGAAUAUAAUGAUAACAUGCAAACGACUUUGGAUGCCAUAAAUACUCAGACCAAAAGUGUGUCUGAAAAACUUUUGAAGUUAAGUGUUUCCCAAAUUAAAGUCACCGAUAUUCAACCGAAGGCUAUAUGUACUGAGACAAAGUCAACACAAACUAAAGGCAGCCGCAUACUUCCUGAACGUCUAGUAAUAAAAAAGAGUGACGAUAGCUAUGAUGAAUAUAUGUCCCAAGGCGGUUUCGGAUCUAAACUUCCACCAGGAUGUAUGUCGCCGGGUUUGCCAAAAAUUGAGCUAAUUAUGCCUGCUAUUACGCCCCUCGACUUAAUCGAUGAAGAAAGUAGUGAUGCGAAGGAGUUGUCGGAAGAAGAAAAAGAAGCUAUAAUAUCGAGUAAGGGGUUUCAGAACGCAAUAAAACGCAUUGGUCGAGUAAUGGAAAAUGUUGUUAUAAGAAAUGUUGAUAUAACUAGAGAAUAUGUUAGUGCUGGAGACAAUUCAGAUGAAUAUAAUUCAAAAUCACAAGGCCGUGUUUCACUAAAACGGGUUUUCUUCGAAAAUGAGUGGUCCAGCAACCGUUGUAUAACAGAUAUAGAUUUUUCAACGCACUAUACGGAUUUAAUGAUAGCUUCAUAUCACAUAAAUCAGGAUGAACUUUUACAACCGGAAGGUGUUGUGAUGACUUGGAAUACUGUUUUCCAAAAACCAACGCCCGAACAUAUUUUCCACGCUUCUAGCGCAGUGACGUCCGUACGUUUUGCGAAAUUCAAUCCACAUUUAAUUCUGGGUGGCACAUAUUCCGGACAAAUUGUAAUAUGGGAUUCCCGAUCACCUAGGCGUGUACCAGUCCAAUCAACCACUUUAAAGUGUGGAGCUCAUGUUCAACCGAUUCAAAGUUUGCGUGUGAUUAGCACCGAUAGCAAUGAUAAUAUAUUUUCAGUUUCGUCAGAUGGACGGUUGUGCUUGUGGAAUUUGGACAUGCUAUCUCAACCAGUUGACGUCUUGCCUCUAGAAAAAGAACAAAAACGUGGUGUUGCGGUUAUGUGUAUGGAAUUUACUGGAAAUGAAUUUAACGAGCUUUUAGUUGGCAGCGAAGAUGGAUGUGUUUAUUUAGCUAACCAAUGGGGAACCAAAAAUGGUGUACGUGCUAGAUUUGGAGAGCACGAAGCUCCUAUUACAAGCAUAUCAAUCCAACAGCAGCCAGAACAGCAUUUAUUUCUUACUUCCUCCAUAGACUCCACGAUAAAACUAUGGUCAUUACGACACAGUAAUCCACUACAUACGUUCCAAAAUAAUUUCGAGUAUGUUAUGGAUGUAGCAUGGUCACCGAUAAACGCUUCAUUAUUUGCAACUGUUGAUGGCGGUGGUCAUCUAGAUAUAUGGAACAUUAAUUUGGAUACAGAACAACCGUCGGUGUCCAUACAUCUCGAAGGCCAACCGGCACUUAACCGUGUAUCGUGGAUGCCAAAUGGUCAACAUAUUGCUGUGGGUGACAUCGAUGGAAAAUUAUAUUUAUAUGAUAUUGAUGAUCAUUUGGCACAGCCACUUGCCGAAGAUCUCUGUACUUUUGUUGAUACUAUUUGCAUGUCAAAACAAAAGGUUAAUUAUGAAUAAAAAUGCAAUUGCAUUAUCGAGUUUUUCAA